CCCUCCCCUCCGGGAUGUGAAACGCAAGGUUUUGUAACCUUUCCUGGCAAUUUUAGAUUUUGUGUGGGAUUUCCUGUCUAGAAGCAGAUAGGAAGGUUUUAGGCUGUUCCAAGAUGUUUUCUUCCAAUCGUAAACAUAUUUUUAACAUAUUUGAGCCGACAUUAAAAUCACCGCUUUCAUGAAUGAUUUCAGUUUCUUAAAUAAAUACCUGCAUUUUAAAGACGUUUGAUAGUUACCACCGAAAGGUAUAUGUGGUAUCCUCAUUGUGGUGACAUGACUUGUUAUAGCAAGGAGCAGAGCAUAGGCUAUUGCAAUUUUAAUUUCCUGUUUUAGCGUCACAUAGUGUGUGUUCUAUAUUGAGCUGUUGCGGCUGCUGCUGAUGUGGCUUUAUGAAAGUUUUCAGUUUAAAUUCUCAACUGGCAUUUGGCCGAAAACUCCAUCUGAAGACAUGAGCAUCCAAAUGUCAUUUUGUGAUUUGGCUACUGUCUGCUUGACAUAGGAAGGCACUGUCAAGAAAGACUAAUGGAGUGACUAUCAAAAGGAAAUCAAUGGAAAAUCUUAAACUUCUACAACAAGAAGAUUAUAAAGAGGUCCCUCCUGUACCAAGAAAGAUCUGCAGAUCUUUUUCAAUAUUCUUGGAGGUGUGGGGUGAGAACUUGAUCAGUUUGUAUCUACCACCUUGUUCUCUAAAGUUACAAAUUAUAAUACUGUGGUAGAAACAAAUUCAGAUUCAGAUGAUGAGGACAAACUCCAUAUUGUGGAAGAAGAAAGUGUUACAGAUGCAGCCGAUUGUGAAGGAGGUGUGCCAGAAGAUGACCUGCCAACAGACCAGACAGUAUUACCAGGGAGCAGUGAAAGAGAAGGGAGUGCUAAGAGCUGCUGGGAAGAUGAUGCAGGAAAGGAAGGGCAAGAAAUCCUGGGGCCUGAAGCUCAGGCAGAUGAUGCAGGAUGUACAGUAAAAGAUGAUGACUGCGACUCAGAUGCAGAAAAUGAGCAAAACCAUGAUCCUAAUGUUGAAGAGUUCCUGCAACAACAAGACACUGCUGUCAUUUAUCCUGAGGCACCUGAAGAGGACCAGAGGCAGGGCACACCAGAAGCCAGUGGUCAUGAUGAAAAUGGAACACCAGAUGCAUUUUCCCAAUUACUCACCUGCCCGUAUUGUGAUAGAGGCUAUAAACGCUUUACCUCUCUGAAAGAACACAUUAAGUAUCGCCAUGAGAAGAAUGAAGAUAAUUUUAGUUGCUCCCUGUGCAGUUAUACCUUUGCAUACAGAACCCAACUUGAACGUCACAUGACAUCACAUAAGUCAGGAAGAGAUCAAAGACAUGUGACGCAGUCUGGGGGUAAUCGUAAAUUCAAGUGCACUGAAUGUGGAAAAGCUUUUAAAUACAAACACCACCUAAAAGAGCACUUAAGAAUUCACAGUGGAGAGAAGCCAUAUGAAUGCCCAAACUGCAAGAAACGUUUUUCCCAUUCUGGUUCCUAUAGCUCUCAUAUAAGCAGUAAGAAAUGUAUCAGCUUGAUGCCUGUGAAUGGGCGACCAAGAACAGGUCUCAAGACAUCUCAGUGUUCCUCACCAUCUCUUUCGGCAUCACCAGGCAGUCCCACACGACCACAGAUACGGCAAAAAAUAGAGAAUAAACCCCUUCAAGAACAACUUUCAGUAAACCAAAUUAAAACUGAACCUGUGGAUUAUGAGUUCAAACCCAUAGUGGUUGCUUCAGGAAUCAACUGUUCAACCCCUUUACAAAAUGGGGUUUUUAGUGGUGGUGGCCCAUUACAGGCAACCAGUUCUCCUCAGGGUGUGGUGCAAGCUGUUGUUCUGCCAACAGUUGGUUUGGUAUCUCCCAUAAGUAUCAAUUUAAGUGAUAUUCAGAAUGUACUUAAAGUGGCAGUAGAUGGUAAUGUAAUAAGGCAAGUUUUGGAGAAUAAUCAAGCCAAUCUUGCAUCCAAAGAACAAGAAACAAUCAAUGCUUCAUCUAUACAACAAGGUGGCCAUUCUGUUAUUUCAGCCAUCAGUCUUCCUUUGGUUGAUCAAGAUGGAACAACCAAAAUUAUCAUCAACUACAGUCUUGAGCAGCCUAGCCAACUUCAAGUUGUUCCUCAAAAUUUAAAAAAAGAAAAUCCAGUCCCCACAAACAAUUGCAAAAGCGAAAAGUUGCCAGAAGAUCUUACUGUUAAAUCUGAGAAAGAUAAAAGCUUUGAAGGAGGAGUGAAUGAUAGCACUUGUCUUCUGUGUGAUGAUUGUCCAGGUGAUCUUAAUGCACUUCCAGAAUUAAAGCACUAUGACCUAAAGCAGCCAGCUCAGCCUCCACUCCCUGCCCCAGAAGCUGAGAAGCCUGAAUCCUCUGUUUCAUCAGGUACCGGAGAUGGCAGUUUGUCUCCUAGUCAGCCACCUUUGAAGAACCUCCUGUCUCUCCUAAAAGCCUAUUAUGCUUUGAAUGCACAACCAAGUGCAGAAGAGCUCUCAAAAAUUGCUGAUUCUGUAAAUCUACCACUGGAUGUAGUAAAAAAGUGGUUUGAAAAAAUGCAAGCUGGACAGAUUUCAGUGCAGUGUUCUGAACCAUCUUCUCCUGAACCAGGCAAAGUAAAUAUCCUUGCAAAGAAUGAUGAUCUGUCUCAACCCACAAAUGAAAAUGAAUCCCAGGACAGCACAAGUCUACAUAGUCCUCCGAAGAUGACUAAUUCUCCAGUUUUAACAGUAGGAUCAACUGUCAAUGGUUCCAGAAGUAGUACACCAUCCCCAUCACCUCUAAACCUUUCCUCAGCCAGAAAUACACAGGGUUACUCAUACGCAGCAGAGGGCGCACAAGAAGAGCCACAAGUAGAACCUCUUGAUCUUUCACUACCAAAGCAACAGGGAGAAUUAUUGGAAAGGUCAACUAUCACUAGUGUUUACCAGAACAGUGUUUAUUCUGUCCAAGAAGAACCCUUGAACUUGUCUUGUGCAAAAAAGGAGCCACAAAAGGACAAUUGUGUUACAGACUCAGAACCAGUUGUAAAUGUAAUCCCACCAAGUGCCAACCCCAUAAAUAUUGCUAUACCUACAGUCACUGCCCAAUUACCCACAAUCGUGGCCAUUGCUGACCAGAACAGUGUUCCAUGCUUACGAGCACUAGCUGCCAAUAAGCAAACUAUUCUGAUUCCCCAGGUGGCUUAUACAUACUCAGCUACAGUCAGCCCUGCAGUCCAGGAACCAGCCCUGAAAGUGGUCCAGCCAAGUGGAAAUCAGGAUGAAAGGCAAGACACUAGCUCAGAAGGAGUAUCCAAUGUGGAGGAUCAGAAUGACUCUGAUUCUACACCACCCAAAAAGAAAAUGCGGAAGACAGAAAAUGGAAUGUAUGCCUGUGACUUAUGUGAUAAGAUAUUUCAGAAGAGUAGCUCAUUGUUGAGACAUAAAUAUGAACACACAGGUAAAAGACCUCAUGAGUGUGGAAUCUGUAAAAAGGCAUUUAAACACAAACAUCAUUUGAUUGAACACAUGCGAUUGCAUUCUGGAGAAAAGCCCUAUCAAUGUGACAAGUGUGGAAAGCGCUUCUCACACUCGGGAUCUUAUUCUCAACACAUGAAUCACCGCUAUUCAUAUUGCAAGAGAGAAGCAGAAGAACGAGAUGGCGCAGAGCAGGAAGAGGCAGGGCCAGAGGUCCUGACGAAUGAGCACGUUGGCGCUCAGGCAUCUCCCUCACAGGUCGACUCAGAUGAGAGAGAGAGUUUGACAAGAGAAGAGGAUGAAGACAGUGAAAAAGAGGAAGAGGAGGAGGAGGAUAAAGAGAUGGAAGAAUUACAGGAGGAAAAGGAAUGUGAAAAACCCCAGGGAGAUGAGGAAGAGGAGGAGGAGGAAGAAGAGGCAGAAGAAGAAGAGGAAGAAGAAGCAGAGAAUGAGAGAGAGGAAGCAAAAACUGAAGGUCCAGUGAAGGAUGAUGGAGCUGUGAGUCAAGCAAGCAGCUUAGAACAGAAAGUCAGCGAGAACAGCGAGCAAGUAUCUGAAGAAAAAACAAAUGAAGCCUAAUCAUUUUUCUAGAAGGAAAAUAAAUUCUAAUUGGUAAUGAAGUCUGUUCUAUAUUAUCCAUGCUUUUCAUGGAAACACAGUAACCUGUAUACUGUGAUUCCUGUUCACUACUGUGUAAAGUAAAAACUAAAAUCUAAAAAAAAAAA